GUAGUCUUUUUUUUCUGGGUACUUUAUUUGUAGUCUUGACUUGGAAUUAGAUUUAAAUGAACACUUCAUAUUUAUGGAACGUGUUCUGGUCUUGCUUGCCCAUCCUUGCAAUUGUACAGUUCUAUUUUCUGCUGUCAAAUAAUAUUGUAGCUUUAUUUACUGAUAUGCAUAUCCUAUGCAGAAUAUUAGCAAGUUCAGAUGACGAGGUCUUGUCUAUUUUGUAGAGAACUACUGUAGGUUCUCGAUUUGCAUGUAUUUAAGUAUUUUCUUGCAUCCGAUACAAGUAUUAUUGUAAUAAUGCAACUUGUAGUUGUGCACGUGCUGUCAUAUACCUUUUGCGCCAGAAAAUUGUGAGCACCUGGUAGUUGGUACAGCCUCAUCAAGUCAAUGCUUUUAUUACUGCCAUGUUUUAUGUGCAGUUUCCCCUUGAUAUUUUUCCUUGAGAAAUUAGUUUAUUUGUUGAAAUUAAUUUAUUUUUUUAUACCGGAAAUAGUGACGACUUAGUCCUCUGGCUAACUGGAUCAAGGGUAAAAGCUGGUGCAUGAUUGUUAUUGUGAACUUUAAUGUGUGAUUAUUUUUCUUAUGUCAUCAUGAUAAGCAGCUAGGUUCUGGUGUUGGUUUGGUUGGCGUAUGUCUUAACUACAUUGGUGCCUCCAAGGUUAUUCUUACUGAUGGUGAUGUAUCUACUCUAGCAAACAUGAAGGCGAACAUGGAAAUGAACAGCUUAUACAUAAAGGAUUCUCAACUAGUAAUAGAAAGCAAUAAUAAGGUAGAGUGCAAAUAUCUUUCCUGGGAAGAAGCGUCUGAUAAAGAUUUAUGGGGCUGCCAGAGAGAUAUAGUUCUUGGUGCAGACAUUAUAUACAAUCCGUCCUGUGUGCCUCACCUGGUUCGGGUACUUUCUAUGCUACUUAGAGAAGACAAUGAGCAACGCACAAGUGUCAAAGCGGCAACCAGCAAAGAAACUAGUGAUGAAGUAUCUGAGAAGGGCGCAACUGGAGGCCGCAUUGCCUAUAUGGCCACAGUUAUUCGGAAUGUGGAUACUUUCAGUUGCUUUGCCAAGGCAGCUGCCGACGCCAAGUUGUCUAUCGUCAACAUUACUAGCACUGUGGCUCCCUCGAGUUUUCUUCCUUACAUGCUCUCAUAUGAUAGAUCGAGUGUCCAACUUCUUGAGAUUACAUUGUUAUCAUAAGAUACUCUCGGAGUAAUAUCAUUUAGCUUUAAUCGCAGUGACAUCAAUCUUAUUUGAACGUCAAAUGCAGUAUUGUGAUUGUUUC